AGGAGGCAGUGAAGCAGGGGACAGGACAGAGCAUGAAGGGGGGUCGGGGGGAGUGGUUAGCCUUUCUAACUGGCUGUAUAUAGAGAAGACAGUCUGACAAGCCAGAUCCAGUCAGAGAGUGAGGAUACAACACAAGAGAGACUUACUUUUUACCUCUCUACCUGUGGAUGACUUCCUGAGCAACAGAUCAGCAAAGCUCUGCAGUUUUCUCUCGGAUUACAAAACCAGGAUUUGUCUCUCAACUCAAGAUUUAUCAUGAAGCUCUUCCUGUUGACUGUGGCGGCGCUGCUGCUCCUGGUGGUGGGAGAGAGCACUGCAGAAAGAAUCCUGUCUAGAAGGACCAAGAGGGAGCUUGCCAGUCCGCUCCAUGUUGGAGGCAUCAGGGACCCGUUUGGCUCCUACUGCGAGAGGAGAGGAGGAUGCUGCCCAGGCAGAGACGACCUUUGCACGGUUCCCUACCUGGACACCAUCUGCUACUGCGACCUGUUCUGCAACCGCACUGUCUCUGAUUGCUGCCCUGACUUCUGGGGCCAUUGUCUUGGUGUGGAGCCACCUUUCAUAGGCACCUGCGAAAGAAAUGGCAACAAGUUCUUAUCAGGGCAAACAUACAAAGAGAACUGCAAUUUAUGCACAUGUGGGACAACAGGACGCUGGGAGUGUGAGCAGAACGCCUGUCUGAUGGAGCCUGACAUUAUCAAUGCUGUCAACAGAGGAAACUAUGGGUGGCAGGCAGCAAACUACAGUCAGCUUUACGGCAUGACUCUGGACGAGGGCAUCCGGUUCCGCCUGGGCACACAGAGACCCUCCAGGACUAUUAUGAAUAUGAAUGAGAUCCAGAUGAACAUGGAUGCUCAAACUGAUAGUCUGCCACUCUACUUCAACUCAGCAGAGAAGUGGCCAGGAAAGAUUCAUGAACCACUGGACCAGGGCAACUGUGCUGCAUCCUGGGCUUUCUCAACUGCAGCUGUAGCAUCAGACAGAAUCUCCAUCCAGUCAAUGGGUCAUAUGACUCCUCAGCUUUCCCCACAAAAUCUAAUUUCCUGUGACACGCGUAACCAGGGAGGCUGUGCAGGUGGACGCAUCGAUGGAGCCUGGUGGUACCUCCGGCGUAGAGGAGUGGUGACAGACGACUGUUAUCCAUACCGACCUCCGCAGCAAACACCAGCAGAGGUGGGCCGCUGUAUGAUGCAGAGUCGCUCGGUUGGUCGGGGGAAGAGGCAGGCCACACAACGCUGCCCUAACACGGACAACUACCACAACAACAUCUACCAGUCCACACCGCCCUACAGACUCUCAUCCAAUGAAAAGGAGAUCAUGAAGGAGAUUAUGGAUAAUGGCCCUGUGCAAGCUAUAAUGGAGGUCCACGAGGACUUUUUUGUCUAUAAGAAUGGGAUCUACAAACAUACUGACGUCAGCUUUACCAAACCUCCACAAUACCGCAAACACGGCACACACUCAAUCAGGAUCACUGGGUGGGGAGAGGAGAGAAACUUUGAUGGGACAUCCAAAAAAUAUUGGAUUGCUGCCAACUCCUGGGGAAAGAACUGGGGAGAGAACGGCUACUUCCGUAUCGCUCGCGGGGACAAUGAGUGUGAGAUUGAAACAUUUGUGAUUGGUGUGUGGGGCAGGAUCACGAUGGAGGACAUGCACAACCAUCAUCACCACCAUCGUCGCAGACACAAUUAGAGACAAAGCAGAUGUGUAAAAUCUCACAGAGACCUUUUUUGUUUUUAAUUUGUUUUCAAGAGUCUCAGAAUUUAAGCACAUUCCCUUACCCCUCAAGCUGGCUGUGACAGCCACAAAAAUCAACCCCAGAGCCCCUAAACCCUCUCUUUUUAUAUGAUACUUCACUCUGGGGAUCAAUACAAUCCCUGUUCUCUUCCAUCUGAGAACAACACUCCGUACUUUCCUUGUAACUUGAGGUUUAUGGCACCAAAUAAAACAAAGAUAAACUCAGCUAAGUUAAAGUUCUUUUAUGUUGCCUUAUAAUUAUGCACCUCAGGUACCUACU